AGAGCCGGUACCGAGGAAAACUCUUCACAGGAAGCUUAUCAUGUCACCAUGUUCAGAGGAAGUAUAGCUUAUGACUGUAAAGUCAACAGAUAUAAUUCAAGGCGAGUUCUUUUUUUCUAGUACCACAAGUUGAAAAGGAGAAUAGAAAAUGGCUGGGUGCAACACAGACUGCGUUGAGAAACCGAUAGCUAGAGGAUUUGAAAUACUUGGGCGUUUUGUUGGUAGACAUCACUGGUGGUUUUUUAUUCUUCCCAUGUUGAUUUCUGCUUGUCUUGGCGGAGGAUUUUACUUCCUUGCGGACAGAGAAGCUAACGGCAUUGAAGAGAUGUUUACACCUAUGGACGGACCAGCGAAAAACGAACGACAAGUAGUGAAAGAAUAUUUUCCACAGAAUGACAGCGACUUCUCACGUUUGCGUCUCUAUACCGAAGGGACCUUUGCAUCUCUCAUAAUUGUUACGCCCGCAGCAAAUAUCCUCACAAAUCCUGCUUUUACAAAAAUUAUUGCUAUGGAUAGGGAAGUGAAAGCCAUUGAAGUAGGAACAUUUAAUUUCUCAACCCUUUGUGUUAAGAAAGGUGAUGUGUGCGUGUCAAAUUCAAUCUUUGAUAUUGUAAAAACUCCCAAUGUUACCGCUAUUGAUUACCCAUACCAUGACAACAUUUUCAUCGCAUCUGAAAUUGGUGGUGUGAAACUGAAAACUGGAUCAACUGAAAUUGAAAGCGCAAAGGCAAUUCGACUUUUUUACUUCUUAAAAGAAGACAACCAGACUGUAAAUACGAUGUGGCUGCAGAAGUUCAUAGAGACCGCGUCGACGAUGCAAAAAGAAGAAGGCAUGACCAUAUCGUAUUUUACAUCAAUAUCAAGAGAUGAAGAGUUUGAGAAGAGCUCUGACUCAAUCAUUCCUCUCUUCUCAUUGACCUAUGCCCUGGCCAUCACCUUUUCAAUCAUAUCUUGUAUAAGGUUGGACUGUGUUAGGAACAAGGUGUGGGUGGCGACCUUUGGUGUCCUCUCAGCUGGUAUGGCGGUGUUGUCCAGUUUUGGGUUGUUGCUGUACUGUGGGAUGCCCUUCGCUAUGACUGUGGCAACAGCUCCAUUCCUGAUUCUGGGAAUUGGUGUUGACGACAUGUUCAUCAUGAUUUCUUGUUGGCAGCAGACUCAAGUUCAUGACAACGUAGAGGACCGUAUGGCAGCUACAUACAAAGAGGCAGCUGUUUCUAUCACCAUCACAACACUAACUGAUGCCCUGGCUUUCUUUAUUGGUCUGUUAACUCCCUUUGGUUCUGUACAGUCCUUUUGUAUGUAUACUGGCACAGCUGUGCUGUUCUGCUACUUGUACAACAUCACCUUCUUUGGUGCAUUUCUGGCACUGAAUGGAAGACGUGAAAAGAGCAACAGACAUUGGCUGACCUGCAUGAAGGUUUCAGAACCAGAGGAGGAUUCUGAAAAGUACAAUAUCUGCUCUGUAGGGGGCGCUUAUGAUCACGAAACAGGAAAAGAGGAACCGAUGCCAAUUAACAACUUCUUUAAGACGUACUAUGGUCCAUUUCUAACAAAUAAUUGGACCAAGGGGUUUGUGAUCCUGCUCUAUGCUGUAUAUUUGGGCUCAAGCAUCUAUGGUUGCUUACAAAUCCAAGAGGGCAUAGACCUUAAAAAUCUAGCAGCCGAUAGCUCAUAUGUGGGUAGCUAUUAUGAUAAUGAGGACGAAUUCUUUUCAGAGUAUGGCCCAAAUGUUAUGGUUGUUGUGACAGACAGUGCGUUUAAAUAUUGGGACGAAAGUGCUCGGAAUAUUCUUGACUCCUGCCUUCAAAACUUUGAAGGUCUACCAAUGGUUUCUCAAAACAGGACCAUAUCUUGGCUCAAUGAAUAUCUUACAUUUGGAAAGAUGACCCAUUUGAAUCUAAGUGAGGAAAAUACAUUCAAAAGUAAUUUGUCUGCAUUUCUCGAGAGGUCUGAUUUCAUACAAGAUGUGAAUUUUACAGACAACACAAUAUAUGCUUCACGUGUGUUCAUUCAGACAGUCAACGUCAGUACAGCUGUUGAUGAAAAGAACAUGUUGAACGAGCUUCGGGAGACAGCUAGUGAUUGUUCAGUAAAGUUGGUUGUUUACCAUCCUGCUUUCAUAUACUUUGACCAGUAUGCAGUCAUUGUUAGUAACACCAUCCAAAACAUUGUAGUUGCCACUCUUGCCAUGCUGGUGAUCUCCCUCCUGUUGAUUCCCAACCCCAUAUGUUCUCUUUGGGUGACCUUUGCCAUUGCCUCUGUCAUAGUGGGCGUUGCUGGUUUCAUGGCGUUUUGGGACGUCAAUCUCGACUCUGUAUCCAUGAUCAAUCUUGUCAUCUGCAUCGGUUUCUCAGUGGACUUUUCCGCUCACAUUUCCUAUGCCUUCGUCUCUAGCGAUAAGAGAACUGCGAACGAGAAGGCUAUAGAUGCGGUCUAUCACUUGGGCUAUCCUAUCAUACAGGGAGCUGUGUCUACUAUCUUAGGAGUGGUGGCUCUGUCUGCUGCUGAGAGCUACAUCUUCAGAACCUUCUUUAAGAUCAUGUUCUUGGUCAUUUUGUUUGGGGCCGUCCAUGGUAUAGUGUUUAUCCCCGUGUUUUUGUCUUUCUUUGGAAUCUGCAGUGCUAAAGUUGGCGAUGAAGAAGAUGCAGGUGAUAACCCUCAAGAUAAUACCUAUCAAUUGAAACAGAAAAUGAAUGAUAAUACUGUUUGUGAAAACAAUUUCUGACUGUCCUUAAAACUGCUGGGCCAGGUGGUCAUUAAUUCUUGAAGCAGCUGAGCACUACCCCCAGCUGAAGGAUUUGCACCUGUUUCUACUGAAAACUAUCAGACAUAGAAACUGCUAGAAAAAACAUCAAAUAAAGUUCAUGAUAAAAGGACAUUAUGGUAAAGUGUACAUUGUAGCUUUGAUUGUGGUGUUCUACCCCCUAUUGGAAGAAAAUAUAACACAUUGUGUAUGAACGCUUAGUAAAUCUGACUUGCAUUUGACAAAUGUAAUUAUAUUUGAGUCAUAGUUGUAAUAUGUAGGAAUCUAUAGAAUAAGAAUGUCUAAGUCAUUCUGAAAAACACAUAAACACAGGUUAUAUGUUAUAGAUUACAAGUUACAGGUUAUAGGUUAUAGGUAACACAUUCUUUGUUGUUGGUACUGAGUUUGUGUCAUGUAUUGCAAAGGUAAAUAUAUAUAUAUAUAUAUAUAUGUGUGUGUGAGAUUUCAUUUCUAUUUAGUCAUAUUGAGUUUCAGUCUAUCAAACUGUGUGAUAUAGUUUUUUCUGUAGUGUCUAUUUUUUUAUUCAUUUGGUUUGUGUUUUUCCACAAGACAUUUGAAGUGUUGUGUUUAUUAUUUUACUACAUCUGUUAAUUACACGCAAGUAUGUUGAUGAUAUUAAUGGUAGAUGAAUCCGUAUCGCGGAUGUUCAACGUUACAGUGUGAUUGCAAUUUAACACCAGAAAAGUCAUUCUAACAAAUAAAUCAUAAUAAAUAUAUUUUCAUAUAUGCAAUUGGAAAAAAUAAUCAUGUGGCUAUGUUUAUGAAGGACAUCAGAGUCAUCUUGAAAAAGAUUUCAAGGAACACAAUAGCUUUCUCAUUAGUUUAUGUUACUAUAGGCUACCUGUUGUAGCAUGCUCAAAUGCAGAGUUUGAUUUUAGAUUGAUUUAGUUAUUUGGGAUAUUUAUACUAGUUAUAAUAUAUAUUAUAUAUAUAUUAUUAUUAUAAUAGUUAUUUGGGAAUGGUAUUCAGAGGGAAACCUCUGAAUAUCUUUCUUGAAUUUUAUUAUAAUUUUAAUUUAUGUUUUUUGAAUAUAUCUUUCUGAUACUAUAUAGAACGUUCUACCUGCAUCUGUUGAAGGAUUUGAAAAAUGUAACUUUUUGGCCUCUCAUGGAGGAGGAGAAAAGAAAUGACAUGUCCUCUUUAAAACUGCUUAUAAGACAAAUUAUGUUUGUGACAAUGAAAUUCUUACAACAUACAUGUGUUUAAAUAAAUAUACUUAUUUAGAAAAGGUCAAGGAUGGAGGAAAGGCUUGACUUUGAAAAUGA